AUGAAGGAACGGGCGACGCUUGUAAAUGAGGCCCUGGACAAGUCUGUGCCGCUGCAGUACCCAGAGAUCAUAAACGAGUCCAUGAGAUACUCGCUGCUGGCGGGCGGCAAGCGCGUGCGGCCGUGCCUGUGCCUCGCGGCCUGCGAAGCAGUGGGAGGGAACAUCGCGCAGGCGAUGCCCACGGCGUGCGCAAUGGAGAUGCUGCAUACGAUGUCUCUCAUCCACGACGACCUCCCCUCCAUGGACAACGACGACUUCCGCCGGGGCAAGCCCACCAACCAUAAGGUUUACGGUGAGGACGUGGCGAUACUGGCCGGUGACGCGCUCUUGUGUUUGGCGUUUGAGUACAUCUGUAGAGAGACUCGGGGGGUGGCUCCCGAGAGGAUAGUCAGGGUGGUGUGCGAGGUUGGCAAGGCAACUGGUGCAGAGGGGUUGGUGGCGGGACAGAUUGUGGACAUCAAGAGCGAGGGAAUGGCUGAGCAGGUUGGCCUGGAGACGCUGCAGUACAUUCACGAGCACAAGACGGCGGCACUGCUCGAGGCGUCCGUGGUCUGCGGCGCGCUCGUGGGCGGCGCUGGCGAGCCGGACGUCGAGCGCCUGCGCAAGUACGCGCGCUGCAUAGGCCUUGCCUUCCAGGUGGUGGACGACAUUCUGGACAUCACGCAGAGCAGCGAGGUGCUGGGCAAGACAGCCGGCAAGGACCUGCUUUCAGACAAGACCACAUACCCCUCCCUGCUGGGCAUUGAGCGCUCCAAGGAAGUUGCCCAGCAGCUGAUCGCUGACGCGAAGGAGCAGCUGUCCUGCUACGACCCGGCCAAGGUGGCGCCUCUCCUGGGGCUGGCCACCUACAUUGGCGCACGCACAAACUAG